GCCACCCCACAUGUUUGCUCCUUUCUCUCUCUUGAAUGCUCAAAAUUAACAACAGUGUUGAGUUGAGAGCUACUAUAAAGCCAAACCUUAACCUGUAGUAGUGACCAUCUUCUUCCCUGCCUGCACUGCACCACUUCUUCAUCUCUCUUUCUCUCUCUCGUCUUCUUCUUCAACUUUACAGUCACUAAUGCCUGAAAUUCAAACGUGAACAGAAACCAACUUGUCCAGAAUGGUAAAACAGGGUUAAGAAAAGCAAAGGAAGAAUGGUGAGAGAGCACAAUAGCAUUAGCAGUGAAUGGCCACCAAUAGGGGCACCACUCAACAUGCAGAGAGAUGAGUAUGAUCAGCAUUGGAGCAGCAGCUUCGAUAGUUCCGUAAAUGCUGUUUCUUUUGGCUUUGUUGCCACUGCCAUUCUCAUUUCCAUGUUCUUAGUCAUGGCCAUCUUUGAAAGAUUUCUCAAACCCACCUCGCCACCCCUGCUGCCGUCAGCCGACUGGAACCGUCGCCGGAGCUCUCAGAUGGCCUUCAAUGGGAAGCUUGCCCACCCUUCACCUAAAGCAUUAAAUUGCUUGACCUUAAAAAGAAGUCUUGCGGUUUUCAACAAGACAUUUAAUGCUAUUGCCUUCAAUUUGAGAUGUGAUGUUGAAAGCAACGAGUUUAACAAAAAAAGAAGCAUAUGUUGCUUUUCUCCCAAGUUUGCAGUGGACAAUGAUUUGUCAAGCCCUUUCUGAUGAGUUUGUAUGCAAGCUGGGUUUCAGUUUUAAUGCCUGGAGAUGAAACUCCUUCUUUCAUCGCUCAUCCUGCACCUGCACCCUGUUGCCCUGAACGGAUACCAUGGCCUCCUCAUCAACAUAGCUCAGUACCUUAUUCCACUUACACCACCAUGCAUAACAUCAACCAAGUAUAAUAAGAAUUCAGUGUGAAAAGUUUAUGCAAUGUGCAUGUUACAUUACGUUAUGUAGAAGCUUUCUUUGUAGUUUAUAG